UCUCCCGGCAAAUCUCGACCUCGCCCGAUCAUCGCCGGCGGCAUUGAUCGUCUUCUCUCCACAGUGAUGGUGCAGAAGCAGCACCACAAGUCCAACGCCAAGAAACAGCCCCACGUCAAAAAGCAGGGGAAGCAAGCGGAUAACACGCAGUUCUGAGCUCAGCUUGAUGCUCUGGGCCUGAAAAUUGUCCAGGUGACUGCAGAUGAUCAGUUGGAAGGCAAUGAAGAAGAACAUGGGAAGUACCGUAGUAUGGUUGUUCAGUACAUAUUGAAAAAUCGUGAAAUGUUCGAACCAUUUAUUGAGGAUGAUGCGCCAUUUGAGGAGUAUUGCAAAACCAUGGACAAUGAUGGCACGUGGGCUGGUCAUAUGGAAUUGCAAGCAGCUUCUCUUGUUACACGGAGUAACAUUUGCAUUCAUCGGAACAUGUCACCUCGGUGGUACAUAAGCAAUUUUGAUCAGCCUGGUGCUCGUAUGAUCCAUUUAUCUUAUCAUGAUGAGGAACAUUACAACAGUGUGAGGUUGAAGGAAGACACUGGAGAUGGGCCAGCUAGGCCAAUUACAAUCAAGGUUGCUACUGGAAUUUAAUUCUAAUUUACUAAGUUAGUAGGGAAGUUGGACAAAUUGUGAAUUUAAGUAUGUGAUUUGAUAAUUUCUUUUGC